AUGAAGAAGAAAGACUAUGAAUCGGCAAUCAAGCACUACACCGCUGCGCUGGACCUCAUCCCGCUCAACCCCAUCUACCUCUCUAACCGCGCGGCCGCCUACUCUGGCAUAGGCAAGCAUAGCGAGGCGAAGGGAGACGCCGAGAUGGCAGUCGCGGCGGACCCGAAGUACUCCAAGGCAUGGUCACGCCUCGGUCUCGCCAAGUUCGUUCUAGGUGACGCGAAGGGCGCUAUGGAGGCGUACAAGGCUGGCAUGGAUGCCGAAGGCGGUGGCUCGGAGGUCAUGCGCAAGGGAUACGAGACGGCGAAGAAGAAGUAUGAAGAGGAGGGCGGCGAUGUUGGUGCUCCGGAUGCGGAUCGGGGCAUGCCUGGUGGUGGUGCAGCGGGUGCCGGAGGUAUGCCAGACCUUUCGUCGCUGGCCGGGAUGUUGGGCGGAGGUGGUGGAGGCGGCGGUGGCAUGCCCGAUCUUGCAGGUCUCAUGAACAACCCGAUGAUGAGACAGAUGGCGCAGAACCUCAUGAGCAACCCGGACAUGCUGAACAACAUCAUGAGCAACCCACGGAUAGCGCAGAUGGCGGAGCAGUUUGGCCGUGGCGGCGGCGCUGGUGGUGGUGGUGGUGGACCGAAUCUGUCGGAGAUGAUGAACGACCCUAGCAUUGCGGAGAUGGCACGAAGCUUCAUGGGUGGCGGUGGUGCUGGGCGAGGAGCACCAGGAGCACCAGGAGGAGGGUCUUCGUAG